GUCUCCCAUAUAUUGUCUCAGCCUGCCUGCGGCCUUUGUCUCUUCCCUCUUUAUCUCAUCCCCCUUUUACCCCUCGCCACUUCGUCUUCUUUCAACAUCCAUCCACAGCAUCGCUGACCUUGCGCCUUCGCCUUUAGGACCUCUUUUUCUAUACCUAGACACGCAGGCCUCGAAGCCGUAAACCGCAAUCAUGGGUCUCGCCUUCUCAAAGCUUUUCGACCGACUGUGGGGGAAGAAGGAGAUGCGAAUUCUGAUGGUUGGUCUUGAUGCCGCCGGUAAAACCACCAUCCUCUACAAGCUUAAGCUUGGUGAGAUCGUCACCACCAUUCCCACUAUCGGCUUCAAUGUCGAGACUGUAGAGUACAAGAACAUUCAAUUCACCGUGUGGGAUGUCGGUGGUCAGGACAAGAUUCGUCCUCUGUGGAGACACUACUUCCAGAACACUCAGGGUAUUAUCUUCGUCGUUGACUCCAACGAUCGCGAUCGUAUUGUUGAGGCACGAGAGGAGCUCCAGCGCAUGCUCAACGAGGACGAGCUCCGCGAUGCUAUCCUUCUCGUCUUCGCCAACAAGCAGGAUCUUCCCAACGCCAUGAACGCCGCCGAGAUCACAGACAAGCUUGGCCUCCACAGCCUGCGACAACGCGCCUGGUACAUCCAGUCCACCUGUGCCACCUCCGGUGACGGUCUCUAUGAGGGUCUUGAGUGGCUCGCCAACACCCUCCGAAAGGCGGGUCACCAGUAGAAAGAUGUCGAGAGGCCUCUCCAUAAAAACUCGCUUUUUCUCUCCUGCUCUGCCAUAUACUCUCAAAUGGCUCUUUGUCUCGACUCGAGGUUUCGGUUGUAAUUUGCAAAGUUAUCG